AUGGACAGAGACCCCCAGAUGGAAGGAGACCCCCAGAUGGACGGAGACCCCCCAGAUGGACAGAGACCCCCAGAUGGAAGGAGACCCCCAGAUGGACGGAGACCCCCAGAUGGACGGAGACCCCCAGAUGGACAGAGACCCCCCCAGAUGGACAGAGACCCCCAGAUGGAAGGAGACCCCCAGAUGGACGGAGACCCCCAGAUGGACGGAGACCCCCAGAUGGACAGAGACCCCCCAGAUGGACGGAGACCCCCAGAUGGACGGAGACCCCCCCAGAUGGACAGAGACCCCCAGAUGGAAGGAGACCCCCAGAUGGACGGAGACCCCCCAGAUGGACGGAGACCCCCCCAGAUGGACGGAGACCCCCCAGAUGGACGGAGACCCCCAGAUGGACGGAGACCCCCAGAUGGACGGAGACCCCCCAGGAGGACGGAGACCCCCCAGGAGGACAGAGACCCCCAGAUGGACGGAGACGCCCCGGAUGGAUGGAGACCCCCAGAUGGACGGAGACCCCCAGAUGGACGGAGACCCCCAGAUGGACAGAGACCCCCCAGAUGGACAGAGACCCCCAGAUGGAAGGAGACCCCCAGAUGGACGGAGACCCCCAGAUGGACGGAGACCCCCAGAUGGACGGAGACCCCCCAGAUGGACGGAGACCCCCAGAUGGACAGAGACCCCCCAGAUGGACAGAGACCCCCAGAUGGAAGGAGACCCCCAGAUGGACGGAGACCCCCAGAUGGACGGAGACCCCCAGAUGGACAGAGACCCCCCAGAUGGACAGAGACCCCCAGAUGGAAGGAGACCCCCAGAUGGACGGAGACCCCCAGAUGGACGGAGACCCCCAGAUGGACAGAGACCCCCCAGAUUGACAGAGACCCCCAGAUGGAAGGAGACCCCCAGAUGGACGGAGACCCCCAGAUGGACGGAGACCCCCAGAUGGACGGAGACCCCCCAGGAGGACGGAGACCCCCCCAGGAGGACGGAGACCCCCCAGGAGGACAGAGACCCCCCGGAUGGACAGAGACCCCCCCCGGAUGGACAGAGACCCCCAGAUGGACGGAGACGCCCCGGAUGGAUGGAGACCCCUGGAUGGACAGAGAUCUUCAGAUGGACGGAGACCCCCAGAUGGACCGAGACCCCCCCAGGAGGACAGAGACCCCCGGAUGGACAGAGACCCCCGGAUGGACAGAGACCCCCCAGAUGGACAGACCCCCCAGGGUAGACAGAGACCCCCCAGGACGACAGAGAUCCCCGGAAGGACGAGACCCCCGGAUGGAGGAGACCCCGUGGGCCUACUGUCCAAUCUGGGCUGUGGUCUGA